AUGGUUGUCGACACUACUUAUUACGACGCGCUCGGUGUCCCGCCAACGGCCACCGAGCUAGAAAUUAAAAAAGCUUACAGGAAGCUUGCCAUCACCACCCACCCAGACAAAAACCCUGGAGACGAGACCGCCCACGUCCGAUUCCAAGCGAUUGGAGAGGCCUAUCAGGUGUUGAGCAACGAUGAGCUCCGCAAGCAAUAUGACAAAUUCGGCAAGGACCAGGCCGUGCCGGGCGGUGGUUUUGAGGACCCAUCGCAGUUCUUCUCCAUGAUAUUCGGUGGCGAAGCCUUUGUUGAUCUCAUUGGUGAAAUCUCUCUGAUGAAGGAUCUGACUGCCACUAUGGACAUCACCAUGCAGCAGAUGGAGGAGGAGGAACUAGCCCAAUCCGCCGAAGAGAAGCUGCAUAUCCACGAGGAAGAAACAAAGACUGCCACGACCGAGGAUCACAAGGAGCCUGAACUGGCAUCGUCAACGACUGCUCCCGCCGAGUCGGCAUCAACCCCGGCGCCUUCUGCCGAAACCGGCUCCGCUUCGGGUACCAGCACGCCCCGACGCAACUGGGGACAACAGGCUAUUAUGGACAAGUCCGAAGAAGAAGCCAGGAUGGAAGCCGCAGGGCUCACAGCCGAGGAGAAGGAACUGCGUAAGAAGGAAAAGAAGAAAGGCGGUCUUACCAAGGAACAACAGGAGCGUCUCGCUCAAUACGAAGAGGAGCGACGAAAAGCCCGCCAGGAAAGAGUUGAUACACUGGUGCGCAAGCUUAUUGAUAGAAUUAGCGUCUGGACAGAAACAGAUAAGGGACCUGAAGUGACGCACGCCUUCGAAGAGAAGAUCCGCCUCGAGGUCGAGAAUCUCAAGAUGGAGUCCUUCGGGUUGGAGAUCCUGCAUGCCGUUGCCCAGAGCUACCUCCAAAAGGCCACAUCGUUCCUCAAAUCCCAGAAGUUCUUGGGCAUUUCCGGCUUCUUCUCGCGCCUGAAAGAUAAGGGCACCUUGGCCAAGGAUACUUGGAACACCAUUUCGACAGCAAUUGAUGCUCAAAUGACCAUGGAAGAAAUGGCCAAGAUGGAAGAGAAGGGUGGUGCUGAGUGGACUGACGAAAAGAAGGCUGAGUAUGAGAGAAAGGUUACAGGGAAAAUCCUUGCGGCAGCUUGGAAAGGCAGCAAGUUUGAAAUCCAAGGGGUUCUGCGUGAAGUUUGUGAUAAGGUUCUGAAUGACAAGUCCGUCAAGCUCGACAAGCGCAUAGAAAGGGCGCAUGCUUUGGCCGAUCGCGACCCUGACGAGGAAGGUGACUACAUGGCCUUUGAACAAUUGAUGGCCGAAGCAGCAACGAAGAAGAACAAAGAUGACAAGAAAAAGAAAAAGGACGACAAGAGCGCGGGUGCGAAGAGCCCUAUACCUGAGACACCGACAGCUUCUACUUAA